AUGCGCAUCCGUCGCACAAUAACAAACAGAGAUAAGUAUUCGUUCUCAAAAUACCUAAGAAGCGAGCUUGAAAUAUCAGGAAUACUAGAAACACCAAAUGAAAGCCUUGGUCACAUGGCCCUGCUAGUGGCCAAAAGCAAAAUUGGUGUAGAGCUGAGUGACAAUGAAAUCGAUUGGAUAGAGAGAGUCAGACCUAAACGACCGCCCCCAGAGAUAAACCAAAGUAAACCUGAACAAAAGCUACCUCGACCGGUCGUCGUCCGUUUACAACGCAGGGACAAACGUGAUCUAAUUCUGAAAGCUGCAAAGACAAGGCGCAAUCUCACCACCACCGACUUGGAAUUAAAUGGACCAGAUCUAAAGGUAUUCUUUAAUGAACGUCUUACAAAAGAGAACCGCAACUUAUUUCGUGCCGCAUUAAAUCCAAAGAACUGGGCUUCGCACAAUGUUUCGUCAGUAAUGGCGCCAUCUAUAUCAGGAAAUUUAAUGGGAAACCAGGAACGUACAUCCUGA